CAACUCAGUGUCCGGCAAAACUGUGAGGGAAGAAAAGAGCAGCAAAAUAGAAAUUAUUUGGUGGAAUGGCAUGACUUUCUAGUCAUGAGACAGGCAUGAAGAGAAAAGGCUUCUCAGGGCAAAACCAGAAGAGCGCUGAGAUGCAAGUCUUGCAGAGCUGACAGAAUUGCCUCUGCACACACAGAAGAUGACGAGGGCUCCCCCGGGGGAGAAGAGCAGCCGGCGGGGUUUUGACGAGAAGGCUUACUUGUCCUCCAAGGUGCUGAGGGCUGGAGAGGACCCCUACCGGCAGCACGCUUUUAACCAGCUGGAGAGCGACAAACUCAGCCCCGACCGGCCCAUCCGGGACACCAGGCACUACAGGUGCACUUCUGUACGCUAUGACACUGACUUGCCAGCCACCAGUGUCAUCAUCACCUUCCACAACGAGGCGCGAUCCACGCUGCUCCGCACGGUGAAGAGUGUUCUGAACCGCAGCCCUCCCAGUCUCAUCCAGGAGAUCAUUUUGGUAGAUGACUUCAGCUCAGAUCCUGAGGAUUGCCAGCUCCUUACCAAGAUCCCAAAGGUCAAGUGUCUACGAAACACCCAUCGAGAAGGGCUGAUUCGCUCUCGGGUGCGAGGAGCUGAAGUGGCGGCUGCUGACAUCCUCACCUUCUUGGACAGUCACUGUGAAGUCAACAGUGAGUGGCUGCAGCCAAUGCUUCAGAGAGUGAAGGAGGAUUAUACCCGAGUGGUGAGUCCAAUCAUUGAUGUUAUCAGCCUGGAUAAUUUUGCCUACCUGGCAGCAUCAGCAGAUUUGAGGGGAGGGUUUGACUGGAGCCUUCACUUUAAGUGGGAACAGAUUCCUAUAGAGCAGAAGAUGUCCAGAACGGACCCAACUCAGUCUAUAAGAACCCCUGUCAUAGCAGGAGGCAUCUUUGUGAUUGACAAGUCCUGGUUUAACCACCUGGGAAAAUAUGAUACUCAAAUGGACAUCUGGGGAGGAGAAAAUUUUGAGCUCUCUUUCCGAGUGUGGAUGUGUGGUGGCAGCUUGGAGAUUGUUCCCUGCAGUCGAGUGGGACACGUGUUCAGGAAGCGCCAUCCCUAUGACUUCCCUGAGGGCAACGCGCUGACUUACAUCAAGAACACCAAGCGCACGGCGGAGGUGUGGAUGGAUGAGUACAAGCAGUACUACUACGAGGCCCGGCCCUCGGCCAUCGGCAAGGCCUUUGGAAGCGUUGCAGACCGAGUGGAGUUGCGACACAAACUGAACUGUAAAUCCUUCCAGUGGUAUCUGGAGAACGUCUACCCUGAGCUCAAGAUUCCUGAAAAAGAGUUGAUUCCAGGAAUAAUUAGACAAGGAAGAAACUGUCUGGAGUCUCAGGCACAGGAUACCACAGGGACUGUGUUGGCUGGCAUGGGAAACUGUAAAGGGUCCGUGAACAAUCCACCUGUCUCUCAGGAGUGGAUAUUCAGUGACCCUUUAAUUAGACAGCAGGACAAGUGUCUUUCCAUUGCCUCCUUCUCUACUGGCUCUCAAGUCACACUGGAAGCUUGCAGUCAAAAAGAUGGCAGACAGAAGUGGAAGAUGAAAGGCAGUUUCAUUCAACACUUUGUCAGCGGUCUCUGCCUGGAAAACCAGACUGGAAGAGUGGUGACCAGCCCCUGCCAAGCAGGUGUACCUGGCCAACAGUGGGAGCUGCUGCAAGCAACAUGAUGGUAGCACAGAGAUCUCCUUGUUUCUUUGUGCAUGAGACUUUGGGAGCAGAGGGAGGCAGGAAUGGUUUUGUAUGUCUGACCCUAAAUGUCACCACUUCAGCUGAGCACUUGAUGGUUUUGAGCUUUUCAGAGAAGAAGCUGGGGGUGAGAGGAAUCAGGACAGUUGUCAAAAUCUUCCCAUCUAUUGUCUUAAGUUCUCCUUUGUAGCUGAUGCCUGUGCACAGCUGCGCCUGGAGAUGGAGGAGGACCCAGCCCAAUACUUGCAGCUCUCCCCAUCCUUUCCUUUCUCUGCAUCCAGAGUCCACAACCUUCAGUCCAGCAGCUUAGGCUAUGCUUGUACAAACACUGGUAGCUCUUUGGCUUCCCUGGCUUUUUGCUCUAACGUCAUGCACCUAUAUGUCUCUCAGUGAGGACUGUCCAGAAGAGUCAUCAUGAUCAGUGGAGAGGCUGGGAAGGAGCUAGCAGAUCCUGGGGGCAGGUUUGUCACCUCUUUUUGGUGGGCCCAUUCCUUCCUCUGCUGAUGUUGGGCAGUGCUGACAAGAGAGAUUGAAAAGGGACACUGUUUUACCAGCCUAACCUGGGAUUGUUUCAGGGACUAUUCCCUGCUGAAGUCUUCCUUCCAGCUUUUUUAUGUGUGGAAGGCCAGCCCUGCCUCCAAGAGUGGCCCAAUCCUGCAGGUUCAGGGUACCAUGUUCUGCUGGAGCCAGUCAGAGACAGGUGCCAGCCCCUGGGGAUGUUAGGGGAGCCGGGGCUGUUCUCUGGCUGCUCUUCCUGGUGCUGCCAGCCACUGCCCAAAGGUGCUGGGCAGCACACACAGACAGAGGUGCUGCACAUGGCUCAGGCUGUGGCAGGAGCCCACCCAGAUCCCCACUGUGAGAGACAGAAGGGGCCAAGCAGACUUCUUGCUGCUGGCUGGGCAGGGCCACACUUCUCAUGCUUGUCUCUCCAGCUCUGCACAGCCCUGUGGACAGAGCCUGGCGUGACAAACCACCCACUCCCUUGUCUAGUUGCUUUUCCUUCUGUCUUUGAGAAAGACAAAAGGGACAUAGACAAAACCCCAAAAGGCUUGGGGCUGCUCCACUUUUGACACCCCCCUCUCCUCCUGAUGAGCACCCUGGGGAGAGGUUAGCUGGUGAAGCUGAAACUGCCCCCUGCACAAAGGCUGCCACAGUGUAGGGCUGCCCUGAGAGAGGCUCCUUUGUGUUCUGGAAAUACCAAAGGCACUGGUGGUCUCUGGCUAGCAUCCCAAAUCCUGCUCCCAGUUACCAGUCAGCUCUAGCUUCAUGUGGGUUUUCAAACCUGCCAAGGGAUGCUCACCUAUUCAAAUAAAGUCCCCACAACUUUACCUUCUCCUAACUAGAUCUGUUAAAUUUUCCUCUUGAGACUGAUUUUGUAAACCAACCCUCCUUUCCAAGAACCUGACAGGGGAACCAGAUGGUGGGACCAUCUUCAUUAGGCAAUUGCUUGCCUGGAUCCUUUCUGAUCUGUGUAGAAGAAACAGGUUGUUCAUGAACAGCUGUUUACUUUUGAUCAUGUUUGUAUCUGUUUUUAAUUCUUUCUCUUAGCUUGGUAUUAGCCCAAACAUUUGACAAAAGAACAGAUAAUGUUCUUUGCAUAUUGCAUGUGCUUAGUGUGAAAACUGGACGAUGUUUUUUUGUUCUUGGUUUAAAAAAAAAUUAAAUCCAUCAUCAUCAUGUGGCAGGAGCUCUUAUCCCGUCUCCCCCUUCACUUUGAUAUCAGAUCCCCAUCUUAGCCCUGAUUAGCCAGAAGAAUGACCUGCCUGCACUGUGAAAACUCACAAGGGAGUUCCUUUUGAUCCUUACAGAAUGGUGCAGCUGCUCUUCUCUGUGGAAAUGAGGGCACUGACUCUGCAGUGAUUUCUCUUUCCUAUAUAGAGAUGCUUUGGGUCAGAACCACUGAGGUUAGGAGAGGGCAGAGAAAGAAGGAAAAUAGCCUAGGAAUGGAAUGAGAGCGGGCCAGACAGACCCGUUGAGGGCAGAGAUGCCACCCUAUUAGCUACUGCAUUUUUAACAAGAAUCUUCAGGAAAUGGUCCUUUCAGAAUAGCAUCAUUAUGCUGUAGGAGAUAGGAACAGUCAAGUUUUUACCUACCUGACUUGAAAAAUAUUGAUACAGAGACAGAUGAAGGGCCGCUGAGCAGGUACUGUUUGUAAGCUCUGUAUACAAUGAAGUGUGAAAGGAUUACAUGUUUUCAUCAAAGCACAGCCCAAGUGGGCCAUCUGACCUCCCCCCAUUUCACUCUCCAGCAGCUUUUGUGCUGCAGCUAACAGCAUGUUCACUCCUCUACCAGGUCCUGCCUCCUUGCUCCCUGCUCCCACUGUGUGUGUGCAGCUUUCUUGCAGUUCCUCCUUCAUAACCACUCUGGGACCAGGACCCAGCUCCUCUACAGACAAUGCUCCUGACUGCUGCAGACCACAGAAGCUCUGCUUGUUUCCAGUCCCCAAGCUCUGGGCCAGCACAGUGGCUGCUGCCCUUGGCUGUGUGUUUGGCCCUUGGCUGUGUGUGCUGGAGGUUGCUGACUGCUCCUGGGGCACACACACCUGGACUGGCUCUGUUGGUUUAUUUGUGCCUCUUUCCUGCUGCUCUCCUGGCAGAGUGUGAACUGGCAUCCUUCUGGGCUGUAAGCUGGGGCUGCUGAGGAUGGGACACUCCUUCUUCAGGUGCUGUGGCCUGGGGGAGGAAAGGGCAAAGGUGGACAUAGGCUAAAUGUUAGUAACUCAAAUUGCUUGUGGAGUUUGGAGUUUCAUUUUUUAAUUCUAAUUGGUUUUGGACUUGUUCACCUGAGGUCACCUCCCAACUGCUCACUCUUCUGUCAGCUAAAGCAUUGCUUUAGCUCAACUCAGACCUCCCCACACAUCAUCUUUUGGAAGCUGUUGGGUUCCAACGUGUUUUAGCAGUUGCUGAAAAGGAAGUACAUUACAAAAGGCUGCUGUCAAGUGUGGGCAAACUGAACUUAUUCUUGGAAUAAACAAAGUCUUGUUCAAACUUAUUAUUAGCAUACUCUACACUUCCCUUGCACUGAAGGGAAGGAAGAACAGUGUUAUCUCUAUUUUUUCCCCAAGGUCCAUCCAGUGCCAUGUUUUGUAACAGGUGUCUGUUAGGAUUUCUUCAAGAAAACUGACUAUAUGUAACAGUCAGACCAAGCAGCUGCUCAUUCUUGUUUUCCUGUUUAUUUUAAACAGCCCCCUAGACUGUCAAGACAGAGAAUUUGCAUUGGUAAUACCCUUAAAGAAAGCUGUUACUGUAUCAGAGCAUCCCCUGUAAUUUCCUGUCCUGUGAACCAAUGGGAGUUUAUUUAAGAGGAGCUGAAUCUACUGUUGUACAGAAAUUGGAUUCAAAAGGUUUAUUUUUCCCACUCAUUUGUAAGUUGCACUUUGCCAGAUGUAACUUAUGUGGAAUCCAGAUUAGUUUUCCUUUCUCUUCAAAAAAAGCAUGUGCCAGAAUCUGUUUAAUGCCUGGAAUAAAAUCCAUUUUGAAAUAA